UCUUCAGUGUAUCUAAAGCAGCCGGGCCGAGUGGAGUUCCGGGAUUGGAUUGCACGGGUCCCGGGGGAGGAGAGCAUCAUGGGCCGGCCGGGGCUGUGUGAACUUAUCUGGGUUACCGCUGUACUACUCAGUCGGAAAGGAAUUCAUGGUUUUCAGUGUCUGGAUUCCUACAGACCAUGCCAAAAUGGAGGCCGAUGUACAAUGUAUUCCAAUGGAGAAGCUGCCUGUGUCUGUCUCACGUCAUGGAUUGGGGAGCUGUGCCAAUUCAAAGACCCCUGUGUUCCCUCACCCUGUAUUAAUGGGGGGGCCUGCCAGAGCUCCAUCCGAGGCGGCACUGUACAGUAUGAAUGCAGCUGUGCCAAGGGAUUUAGAGGACAAGAUUGUUCCCUCAUUGAUGCUUGUGCUUCAAACCCCUGUGAGAAUGGUGCACGCUGCACUAACUGGAAUGGCCGCUAUAAUUGCACUUGCCCUCCCGGCUAUCAGGGCCGCAGCUGCCGUGUGGAUAUAGAUGAAUGUCGCACCCCUGGGCUCUGCCAAAAUGGAGGACAGUGCGUUAAUACCCCUGGUUCCUUCCGCUGCCGCUGCCCCAGUGGUUACACUGGGCAGUUCUGUGAAGCUAUUUAUGUGCCUUGUGCCCCAUCCCAGUGCCAAAAUGGGGGAACCUGCAGACAGACUGGAGACCUGACCUACCAGUGUGCCUGCUUGCCUGGUUUUGAAGGACCUAACUGUGAGAUAAACGUAGAUGAUUGCCCAGGACACAAGUGUAUGAAUGGUGGCACAUGUGUGGAUGGCGUGAACACCUACAACUGCCAGUGUGCCCCAGAAUGGACAGGUCAGUACUGCACAGAGGAUGUCGAUGAAUGCCAGCUUCAGCCCAACGCCUGUCACAAUGGAGGCACCUGCUUUAACACCCAGGGGGGCCACACUUGUGUUUGUGUAAAUGGCUGGACAGGGGAGAGCUGCAGCGAGAAUAUUGAUGACUGUGCUACAGCUGUGUGCUUCAAUGGAGCCACCUGCCAUGAUCGAGUGGCCUCCUUCUACUGCGAGUGUCCCAUGGGCAAAACAGGUCUUCUGUGUCAUCUGGAAGAUGCGUGUGUCAGUAACCCUUGCCACAAGGAUGCCAUGUGUGAUACCAACCCCGUGAAUGGGCGAGCUAUCUGCACCUGCCCACCUGGAUUCACGGGCGGAGCCUGUGAUCAGGAUGUGGAUGAGUGCUCUAUAGGUGCUAACCCCUGUGAACACUUUGGACGCUGUGUUAACACUCAGGGCUCCUUCCAGUGUCAGUGUGGGCGGGGCUAUACAGGUCCUCGUUGUGAGACCGAUGUAAAUGAGUGCCUUUCCACCCCGUGUCAAAAUGACGCCACCUGUUUAGAUCGGAUUGGAGAAUUUACUUGUAUCUGCAUGGCUGGAUUCACUGGAACCUUCUGUGAAUUAAAUAUCAAUGAGUGUGAGAGCAGCCCAUGUGUAAAUGGGGGAGUCUGCAAGGAUGUGGUUAAUGGAUUCACUUGCAGCUGUCCAGCCGGAUUCACCGGCUCCAUGUGUCAGAUCGAUAUAGAUGAGUGCGCCAGUACGCCAUGCAAGAACGGAGCUAAAUGCGUGGAUAGACCCAAUGGGUACGAGUGUCGUUGUGCCGAGGGUUUUGAGGGGCCACUUUGUGACCGUAAUAUUGACGACUGCUCCCCUGAUCCCUGUCACCAUGGAAAAUGUCGGGAUGGCAUUGCCAGUUUCACGUGCACGUGCGAACCAGGGUACACAGGCUACCGGUGUGAAAAUCAGAUAAACGAGUGCCACAGCAACCCAUGUAUGCAUGGAGGAAAGUGUAUUGACCUUGUCAACAAGUACCUCUGUUACUGUCAACAAGGAACCUCUGGUGUGCACUGUGAGCACAAUUAUGAUGAUUGUGCCAGUAACCCAUGUGACUACGGGGAGUGCAGAGAUGGCAUCAACAGAUAUGACUGCGUGUGCAAGGCAGGGUUCACAGGUCCUCUCUGCAACAUUGAGGUGUCUCCCUGUGCAUCCAACCCAUGCCGUGCUGGGGGCACCUGCCAGGUUACACAAAAUGGCUUCCGAUGCCUGUGCCCUGAAGGACGAGGAACACGUGACUUUCUGUGCAACCCCACCCAAGAUCCUGAUAAAGAGCUCUGUCCACCAGGUUGCGUGCAUGGGGUUUGCCGCAGACUUUCAGACGGAUACUCAUGUGAUUGUAAGGUGGGCUGGACUGGAAGAAUGUGUGAUCGAAGGGGUAGUGAUGUCUGCACUCCCAAUCCUUGCCAGAAUGGAGGAAAUUGUAUUGACCACCAAGGAGUGCCUAUCUGCCGCUGCAGGGAUGGAUUUCGAGGUCCCACGUGUAUGAUUGACAUUGAUGAGUGUGCCUCAGCACCCUGCCUGAAUGGAGGGAAGUGUAUGGACGGUAUCGCAGGAUACAGCUGCCUCUGUACUUUGCCCUAUACAGGCCAGAAAUGUGAAACCAUCCUGGACCCUUGUGCUCCUGAUCCCUGUCAUAAUGGUGGCAUUUGCUCACCCACCCCUGACUAUGAAAGCCACAUGUGCCAGUGUUCACCUGGAUGGAGAGGAGAAACUUGUGAUGAUGACAUUGAUGAGUGUGCCCGGAGUCCAUGCAAGAAUGGAGGCUUUUGUACCAACAUGCAAGGUGGAUACAGUUGUGCGUGCCUCUCUGGAUUCAAUGGGCAAGACUGUGAAACCGAUAUUAAUGACUGUAAUCCCAAUCCCUGCCUCAAUGGUGGUGCCUGUAAAGAUGGAAUAAACUCCUUCGCCUGCUCCUGCAUUCCGGGCUUCACCGGAUCUCGCUGCACAGAUGAGAUAAACGAGUGCCUGAGCAAUCCCUGCCGUAAUGGGGCCACCUGCAAAGAUUAUGUCAACAGCUAUGUGUGUUCAUGUGCUCCUGGCUACACUGGCCCUAUCUGUGAAACCAACAUCCAGGACUGCACAGAAAGUUCCUGUUUCAAUGGCGGCACGUGUGUGGAUGGAGUCAACUCUUACACCUGUCGGUGCCGACCUGGCUUUACGGGCUCCCACUGCCAGAAUGAAGUUGAUGAAUGCGCAUCAAGGCCCUGCCAGAAUGGAGCUAUGUGUGUGGAUGGAGUGGAGUCUUACCGCUGCAUCUGUCCAUAUGGAUACACUGGCGCCCAGUGUCAGAAUUUGGUCGAUCUCUGCCGGCGCUCCCCUUGCCAGAAUGGAGGCCGUUGUACACAAACAGGCCCUUCCUUCCGCUGUGAAUGUCCUGCCGGUUGGGCUGGAAGUUACUGCGAUGUCCCACGAGUGUCCUGUGAGGUGGCGGCAGCCAGAAGAAAUGUACGUGCCGAUCAGCUCUGCCACUCUGGUGGGAUCUGUAUGAAUGCUGGGAGCUCCCACCAUUGUAUCUGCAGAGGGGGUUAUACAGGCAGCUACUGUGAGAAUCCAAUCAACCAGUGCGACCCAGACCCCUGUCACAACGGAGGGGCUUGCCACAGCUAUCUCGGUGGCUAUGUGUGUGAGUGUCCCUCUGGAUAUGAAGGGAAGAACUGUGAAUAUGAUAUAAACGAAUGCCAGUCUCACCCAUGCCAGAAUGGUGGUACAUGCAUUGAUCUAAUUGGUCGCUAUAUAUGUUCCUGCCCACCUGGGACACUUGGUGUGCUGUGUGAAAUUAAUGAGGAUGACUGCUCUCCGCUCUCAAUCUCUGGGCCACCUAAGUGCUUGAAUAAUGGAACGUGUAUAGACAAAGUUGGAGGCUACCGCUGUAACUGCCCACCAGGGUACACAGGCGAGAGGUGCGAGGGCGAUAUCAACGAAUGCCUAUCCGGACCCUGUCACGCUCAGAACACCCGUCACUGCGUCCAACUGGCCAAUGACUACCAGUGUGUCUGCAAGAGUGGCUAUACUGGACGACGCUGCCAAAGUGUCAUGAACACAUGUGAGUCCCGUCCAUGCCAGAAUGGAGGAGUGUGCAGUGUUACUGUUAACACACCACUUGGCUACACCUGUCGUUGUCCCCUGGGUUUCACGGGUCCCUCCUGUGAGCGACCACCACUUUCUUGCCGAGAGCUUUCCUGUCCUUCUGGUUCUACUUGUCUCCCUCCUCCACUAGGCCCUCGUUGUAUCUGCCCCCCUGGGGUACUCUGUCGCACACCCAACAACUCCUCCGCUCCAACCCCUGCUCCCUUGCCCUGUUCUAACUCACCUUGUCGUAAUGGAGCCACCUGCAUUCCCAAUAUCCAUUUCCCCUACUACCAGUGUAAGUGCCAUCCUGGAAUGAUAGGGCCACGAUGUGAUAUAAGGACCCCCCGUAUUCUCACCCAAACACCAGCUCCAGGGUGUACACCAUCACACUGCCCAGGAAAGGCAGGAGAUGGACAUUGUGACCGCGAGUGUAAUGUUGCCGCUUGCAAGUGGGAUGGAGGAGACUGUUCCCUGAGUGUGGAUGAUCCUUGGAGGAACUGCCCACGUCAAGAAUGCCGAUCACUUUUCAACAACUCUCAGUGUGAUAAAGAGUGUACAUCUGCCGACUGCCUGUACGACAACUUUGACUGCCGGGGAAGGGAGGAACGGAGCUGCAACCCUGUGUAUGAGAAGUACUGUAUGGAUCAUUAUGGCGAUGGCCGCUGCGACAAGGGAUGUAACUCGGAGGAAUGUGGCUGGGACGGCCUGGACUGUGCCAAAAACUCAGAUAAGGAGGUUUUGGCAGACGGAGUACUGGUCGUGGUUGUGCUGGUUCCACCUAAUGAGUUCUUGAAACAGAGCACGGCCUUCCUGCAGCGGCUUAGCUCCCUCCUACAUACCAGUUUGCGCUUCUGCACAGAUAGCAAUGGCAAUUACAAGAUUAAACCUUACCGGAAGAGCCAAACAUGGGAUGGGAGGAAGAAGAGGGAACUGGACAGCGAUAUCAUAGGGUCAGAAGUUAUGCUGGAGAUUGAUAACCGAAUUUGUGUGAAGGAGAUGCCCGACUGCUUCCCGAACACUGAAACUGCAGCUAGAUUUCUUGCAGCUUUGAGUGUACUGGAGAGGCUACAGUUUCCCUAUCCAAUCAAAGCUGUGCGCAGUGAAAAAAUUGAAGAAGUGAUAGAUAACUUCCGCUUUCUGCCAUUAUUUGCGGUGGCUGGUGUGCUCAUCUUGAUCGUCGCAGUACUGGGUGUCAUAGUUUCUCGCAGAAAGAGAGCCCACAGCACCCUGUGGUUCCCUGAGGGCUUUAUAUUGAAGAAAGAACGAGACCGACGUGAGCCUGUGGGACAGGAUGCUCUAGGGCUCAAAAACAUUGCUAAAGCAGAACGUCUUAUGGAAGACCCUUCAGAAGACUGGACAGAAACAGAUUGCCCCGAGACCAAGAAACUAAAGACUGAGGAGCUUUCUCCGUGCAGACAGGACCCUGUGGACCCACGUCCUUGGACCCAGCAUCACCUGGCAGCUGCUGACAUCAGGCUUCCUCCUGCCACUGCACUUACCCCACCACAGGGUGACUAUGAAAGUGACGGGAUGGAUGUUAAUGUGAGAGGACCAGAUGGCUUCACACCCUUGAUGCUCGCCUCCUUCUUGGGUGGGGGACUGGAACCCGAGUCACAGGAAGAAGAGGAGGAAGGAGAAGCUUCGGCCAUUACUGACCUUAUCUGCCAGGGGGCAUCUCUUGGAGCCCAGACUGAUCGUACUGGUGAAACGGCCCUACACCUCGCUGCACGCUAUGCCCGAGCUGAUGCUGCCAAAAGACUCCUGGAUGCUGGUGCAGACCCCAAUGCCCAAGAUCACACAGGCCGCACCCCACUCCAUGCUGCUGUGGCUGCUGAUGCACAGGGUGUCUUCCAGAUUCUGAUCCGAAAUCGAUCCACAGACCUGGAUGCACGAAUGGGCGACGGUUCUACUGCUCUAAUUCUGGCAGCACGAUUGGCUGUGGAAGGCAUGGUGGAAGAACUGAUUACUUGUCAUGCUGAUGUUAACGCUGUAGAUGAGCUCGGUAAAUCGGCUCUUCACUGGGCAGCAGCUGUAAAUAACAUUGAGGCCACCCUGGCUCUGCUAAAGAACGGAGCCAAUAAAGACAUGCAGGACAGCAAGGAGGAGACCCCACUCUUUCUUGCUGCCCGGGAGGGUAGUUACGAAGCUGCUAAAGUUCUUCUUGACCACUACGCCAACCGGGAGAUCACUGACCACAUGGACCGGCUUCCUCGUGACAUUGCACAAGAGAGGUUACACCAUGACAUUGUCCAGCUUCUGGAAGAACACAACACUGUCAGGAACUCCCAGGGCCCCAUGGGAGGACACACCAUGUCACCACUCCUCUGCCCUCCUAAUGGCUUCAUGGGCAGCGUAAAGCAAACCCCACAAGGCAAGAAGAACCGUAGGGCAAAUGCCAAAGCUAACGGAGCAAGCUUGAGCCGGGCAGAAGCAAAGGAUGCAAAAGGCAGGGGCAAGAAGUUAUCUCUUGACUGUCACCCCGGAAGUGGGGGGUUGUUGGAGAGUUCGGUCACUCUCUCACCCGUUGACUCCCUUGAUUCGCCUCGUGCGUAUAGUGCCAAUCCAGGAUCCCCCGUGAUGCCUGUCCCAGGGACCUUCAACCUUGGCUCCAUGUCCGUGCCCUCCACCCCUCUUGUGAAUGGGCUGAUGGAAGGGCCCUUUGCCGUGUCCCUGGCAAGGCUCAAUGAGUUGGGUGAAAUCCAAGGGGGUGGAAUGAUGGCAUUACAGGGCAGAGUUCCUUUGCAGAGAGCCCCAAGCUGUGUGGUGAAUGGUCUGAAUCUGGGUAUGGUGAACACAAACGCCAUGCCGUUUAUAUGGCAGACGGGGGUGCCAACUUCUCACCCCCAUCGCAAUGUAAUGACAGGAGCUCCUGCCGCAUCUGUGCCCAACUUGCACCAGCUACACGCCCAGCAGGUGUUAAUGCUGCAGAAUCAGAUGGCCAUGCAGAGCCCUGUGAAGAUGGCCAUGGAUCAGCAGUGCCAAAUGGUGUCCAUGCCUCCCAACCCUGUGCACAUGAGGCAGCAGAGUAUGCCGCACGUGGCCGAGAGGUCAGUCCAGCCGCUGACGCCCACCGAAGGCAGUUACUUCAAACAGCAGAGCGUGCCCAACGAUGUUACCAUGCAGACCUCGCCAGCCAUGUCUGCUCCACCCCAGCAGACCUUUGCACCCUCUCAAGAGGACACACCCAAACACUAUCUGCACAUUCCCAACGAGCACCCCUACCUGACACCCUCUCCUGAGUCCCCUGAGCAAUGGUCCAGUCCGUCCCCUCACUCUGUGUCGGAGUGGUCCGAUGCCACCCCUAGCCCCAUGGUGGUGGGGGCAACACAUGGACAGGCACCCCACCUACCAGAACAGGGCAGCAACAUGCAGGUGUUUGCCUGAGCUGACUCUCUUUGCUUAGCUGGUUUUCAUCAACUCCGCCCCUCGUUUUUACCCCCUUUGUCAAUUAACCACCAUCUCCUUUUCUCUUUUUCCCCGAUAUUCAAGUCACGCCUGCCCUCUGUGUUUAACCCCUCUUAUGCUGUUGGCUACCUCUCUCCCGGCUCACCCCAAAACCAGCCUAGCAAUGAAGUCUCACACAACUGAAUGUUUUAACAAACGGGACCAUGAAGAAAACCCUUUCCUGGACCAAUAAUGUAUUUUUUUUCCCCCUAAAGACAUAAUUCUCGUAACAAUUAUUUACUGUAUUUUGAAGUUAAACAAAAAAACUGCAAAAUAUGUAUAUUUUUUUUCCAGAAAAUGUUACAAUUCAUUGGGGGACGUUUCUGCCUCGCUUUGCCUUUAAGCUGUUAUCACUGCCCUUCGUGUUCCAUGUUUGGGACACAUGGAACAAAUACGCAUAUAUUUUUAUAUAUGAAAAAAAGACUUUUUUUUUUUAAAGACUUCCCAUACUUUUGCAGCAGCCUGACAAUGAACUGUGCUUGGUACAAAAUAUCGAGAGAAAAUUUGUAUUUUACUGUAGAAAUAAUGGACUCUAAUCCUGAUAUUCUACUAGAAUUCAAUUUCGGUAAGAAAAUGUCACUCAUGACGGUACGAAAUGUUUCAGGAGCAAAAUUAGCACCCUCUCUCCUCUUUUUAAAAAAAAGUUUAGCUAGUCUUAAAUUAGAAAUGGUAAAAAUAAUAAUUUCAGAAACAUUUGGGGGUUUUUUUUUCAGAUUUUAGCUAUUGUUUUAAAUGACGAUUCCAAAAAAAGAGAACCCCCCCCUCGUUCUACACUGCCACAAAUUGCUGUAUUUUUGUAGAGAAGAAAUUCUUUGUUGUACUAAUAUUUCAAGGUAGUAUUUCUCGUAUUAGAGAAAAAAUAAAUAUAGAGUGGGAUGGUCGUGGAUUUGGCAGCCUAACUGCAAUGGUAUAGUCCGGGGCAAUAGGCGUGCCUAUAAUGUACGACAAUGACCGCAUCACUGGAAAAAACACUUGUUGCUUCAUAGAGCUUCCUUCCCUCAGCCAUUUGCAUCCCUGGAUAUAGCACUGUGGCUUUCUGGGAGGGGAAGCAUUUAAAUCAAAAUGGCUGCCAUGUUGAAAGCUUUUCUUAGCUGUGAGGUAUCCGUUCACAGAAUGACGCACACAUAAUCAAGGAAACAACCAGUCGUAUGGGCUGUAACAGGAGGGAAGCAGCCUUGGCUUUCCAAACUCAAGUCCUGGGUUUGAAAAGAAAAGACAAAGCCUAAUGCGUUUUGGGCAUAUAUACUACAAACAAGUCUGCACGGUUGCCUUAUAUAAGGCUUAAGGCAACCAUGCAAGGUUGUCUGUAGCCUAUAAGCAUGUGCCCAAUAUAGGCAUAAAGCGUGUUAGGCUUUGACAUUUCUUGGGUGCGUUUUGUGCCUUUUAUUAAUUACUUACAAAGUAAAAACCUUUUGCUACUUUUUUUUUGUGCUGUCAUUUUAGACAUAAGAAUCUAUGGGUGUUAUGCACAAAGCAAUAGUACAUGCACCUCUAUUAGGGUUAUGUAAUAAAAGGCAAUGAGUUUACCCAGGUACAGUAACCUAUAGCAACUAAUCGGGGGGGUAGCAUUUACUGUUCACCUGUUCUUAUUGGUUACUAUAGUUUACUGGCUGUACCUUGGCUAACUUCGUACCUGACAUGACAUAUGGGUGUUAUGCACAAAGCUGCAGCACCAUAGAAUCUAUGGGUGUUAUGCGCAAUGCAGGAGCACCUUAGAAUUUAUAUGUGUUAUGCACAAUGCAGGAGCACCUUAGAAUCGAUGGGUGUUAUGCACAAUGCAGGAGCACCUUAGAAUCGAUGGGUGUUAUGCACAAUGCAGGAGCACCUUAGAAUCGAUGGGUGUUAUGCACAAUGCAGGAGCACCUUAGAAUCGAUGGGUGUUACGCACAAUGCAGGAGCACCUUAGGUUCUGUGGGUGUUAUGCACAAUGCAGCAGCACCUUAGAUUCUAUGGGUGUUAUGCACAAUGCAGGAGCACAUACGCCAAGACCUUGUAAUAUGUUGCGUUGUGGGCUAGCAGAGCGAACAGCAUGGCUGUGUUUAAUCAGAUAUAUGUGCACUCUUGGGUCCCUGCAUGAUGUGAGUUUUGCAGUUCUGUCCCACUGACAACCCCCCCAAGGGAACCCCUUUUUUUUUUAAGCAAUAAGCACUGUAUCCAUAAGCUUGUUUCUGACGUGAUGCAUUCCCAUGUCAAGCUCCACGGUUAUGGGAGAAGAACUUUUGGUGUAACCAAUGUUGUAAUACUUAAAUUGUAUUAUUUUUUAGGCUGUAGCCAUAUAUAUAUUUAAAUAUAUAUAUAUAUAUAUUAUUUUGUGUACUGGGUAUACAUAGAAGAAAUUAACCUUUUUAAGAACUGACGAAAUGCACCGAUUUAAAAGAAUUAUAAAAAAAAAUGAUUGGUCUGGCAACCCCAAGGAUGGAGGGAGGUGUUAAUAUACAGAAUUAAUCCUACCUUAUUUAUACUGUGGUAUAAAUAUAUAAUGUUAUUUUUACACAAUGCUAAACCAUGACUUGUGUGUAAUGGUAACACUACAUGGCAAAUGUAUGGGCUUGUUAUAAUUGUUAUUCCUUAUCUGCCAGGCCCCCCACCCCGUCUGUAAGUGUCCCCUUGAUGUAAAAUAUCACUGUAUAAUACCUGUAUGUUAACCAAUGUACUGUUUGACCACUAGGUGUCACUGCAUGAUAAAUGGAACAUAUACACUGCUAUGUACACAUAUCGACAGCGGGCCGCUGCACGGUCACUGCCAGUUACCCAUAUGGUGUUUGUCACGCUGUAUUUACAACGAUCAUUUCCUGUUAGGACCGCCAUUUAUAAUUGUCAAGAACCUCCAGCAGUACAAACGCCCUUGUCACCUCUCCUUGCGGAGGACCAUGGGAAAUAAGAAAAAAAAAAAGUAGUGCUUUACGGUACAUAUAAGUCGGGGGGUGUUGAACCCCCGAAAAGACUGCCCAUAAGAUAAUGUAUUUUUUUAUAUACACAGUCACUCAGUCUUGUGACCAAAAUGAGAGUUUUUUUUAUAUUAAGGUUACAUUUUCUAAGGCAUUUUUAUACACAGAAUGUUUCCAUGUCAUAAAAUAGAAGCAGCAUUAGAUAUUUUUUUAAUUCACCUAUGUAUAUUUUUUAUUAUUCGCCAAUGUAAUGUCUCUCUGUCUCUGUCUUCUGUUUGUUAUUUUUUUUUAAAGAAAUAAUGAAAAAGUGGAAAAAGAUUCUGUAGCUUUAUACUGUGUAAAUAAACAGGUACGGACUCGCUCACAUGUAAAGCGUCUAAUUCAAUAAAAACAUUAAUAAGA